AUGAUCUACGUUCAUCCUACCUUUAGGAUUCUGAUAGUGAUUGUAACAGUGAUAACAUUAUUUAGCAUUUUUGAUUGGUUAUCUGAUAGACCUGAAAACGAUAAAAUAACGGUAAAAUCUGAAAAUUUUACUUCUUACUCGAUAACCGCAAAGAUGUCGUCGGAACCUAAAGAACGCACCUAUAUCAUGGUUAAGCCCGAUGGCGUUGAACGUGGUUUAGUUGGAGAGAUUAUCAAACGUUUUGAAAACAAGGGGUAUAAACUUGUGGCUCUCCAACUUCUUCCGGUUGGAAAAGAUGUUGUUAAAACUGGUCGUCGUCUCUUGGGCGAAACAGAUCCUUUGAAAUCUGCACCUGGUACUAUCCGCGGUGAUUUUUGCAUUGAUGAUAAGUCUUUGGUUCCCUAA